CACGCAUCAGUGCUGUUCGCGCCGAUUGAAGGUGGCGUCUUGUCUUUGAUUUCGUCUCAAAUCGUAUUUCGUUUUCAUCGCUGUUUGAUGAAGCUUAAAUUUGUGUGAACGUGUUAAGAAACAGAAUACGGAAAGCGGCAAAAUGGCUUACUAGGACUCAUUCUGGUGGUGGGAUCCGGGACAGUACGGCACGCUAGAACGCAUUUCUUCGAACGUUCGGCGAGAGUCCAGGAACACGCACGAUAAAGCUGGCAUUCCCAAGCCUUUGGCGAAAAGAUUGUAGCUGAUUUGAAACAUAUUCUUAUAUUCGCACGCCUUCGACGUAAAAGAAGUGUACACACGCACACGCUGAAAGACACAUUUUUCUGCUGGCAAAAAGUGCCGAUUAAACGCACACGCCACGCUCUGUGUCAGUAGCCUUUGAAGCGAGAGUCGAAAGUCCUUCCAUUUUAACAGCCAUCCUAGUUACCUUUGCCUUGCCGCACAUUCAGUUGGAUUGCGAGCAAACAUGGCGACGUUUCGCGUGCAUGAGGAUGUCGAAAAAGAGAACCGUGUCCAGGCGCCAUUAGGUGGCAAGAAGGCUGCGGCGAACCUGGGAGGUCAAAGCAUCACCGGGAUUUCGUCCAAGAAUCAGCAGUUGCAGUCGGGGGCACUCCAGCAGAAGCAGCAGCAGCAGCGAACAAUGUUUAACGUGCUGAGUACUGUGCAAACGAAUAUUUCAAAUGUGGCGCUCAACAAUGCUAAAGCUAAACCCCAACAACGCGCUGGCGGGGCCGUACUGUUGCCGAAGGUGGGAAAGGGAGACGAAAAUGCCGUGGUGCCAAGGGCAGUAUUGCCAGCGAAGGCCAAAUCGACCGGCGUCUGCGAUACCUUCAAAGGUUUCCAGGUGUACGAUGAGACAAAGGAAAACUGCAUUGCUGCUGAAUAUGUGGCGACCAAGAAAGAAGAACCGUUGGUCGAGAAACGAGCUCCUUUGCACGAGAUCAAACAUGUCGAGCUGCUGGAGACACCCAUGUCGGUGGGAGAUAGCUACUCUCCUAUGUCGGUGGACAAGUCAUCCGUGAUCAUUGUCGAUGAAACUGCAAUACCGAAGAACGAUAGGGAACGCUUCUACGAAGUGGAAGAGUAUCAGGAGGACAUACUUCUCUAUCUGAAGGAGGCCGAGAGACGGAACCGUCCCAAACCGAACUAUAUGCAGAAGCAGCCCGAUAUUACCCAUUCCAUGCGUACCAUUCUGGUGGAUUGGCUUGUAGAGGUUAGCGAAGAAUAUAAGCUUCACCGUGAGACGCUGGCCUUGGCCGUAUCUUACAUUGAUCGAUUUCUAAGCUUCAUGUCGGUAGUUCGUGCCAAGUUGCAGUUGGUCGGGACGGCUGCCAUGUUCAUCGCUGCGAAAUACGAAGAAAUUCACGCUCCGGAUGUAAGCGACUUUGUGUACAUCACCGACGAUACGUACACCAAAAAUCAGGUACUGCGAAUGGAGCAGUUGAUUUUGAAGGUUCUUUCGUUUGACUUAAGCGUGCCCACUUCGCUGGAAUUCACCAAUGUCUACUGCGUUAUGAACGACGUGUCGGACAAGGUUAAAUAUUUGACUAUGUACCUCUGUGAACUGUCGAUGCUUGAGGCCGAUCCUUACUUGACGUACGUACCAUCGAAAAUCGCGGCUGCAGCCUUAGCCUUAGCACGGCGCACCCUUGACCUUCCAAUGUGGUCGAAGAUGCUUGAAAAUAAUACCGGAUACAAACUGACGGCUUUGAAGGACAUCAUUUUGGCUUUGAACAAAACCCACAUGGACGCGUCCUGCAUGCAACAGCAAGCAAUACAGGACAAGUACAAAGCCAUCAAGUUCAAGGAUGUUGCCUCGCUGCCAGUCACUAAAAUUACGAACGAGUCUUUCGAUAAAACAUGUGAAACACUUUCCAAUGCCCUAGUAACACUACCACAGCACCAGCCCCUCGUAAGCGCAACCGGUGACGAAACGAACAGAAAGGAGCAAAACAGCAAUAAUCUGCUCUUCGUUUAGCAAACUUUAAGAACAGUAUCGAGAAUAAUGCUUGUUUUGUUAGCGGAAAUAUUCAAUCCUUCAAUUUGUUUCUACACUAACCCGCAACGUCCCGUAUGCCCCAGGACCUUUGUACCACGACUAAAGCUGAAUUUUGAGCCAUGUUUCGGUACUUUAUAAUCAUUUAUUUGUAAUACCGUAAGGAGCUGUAUUAUUUUGCAUGUUUUUACAAUGUUUGUGAAAAUUUAUUUAUUAUCUCCUUGAUAUACCUACCACUUGUCUAUCUUGUCAAAAAAAACAUUCUGGCUCCAUUUGCUACCUCCAUUUGCUUUACUUGGGGUUAUAUAAACUCGUUAUUUACAGGAGAUAUUUCCUAACAAAAUAGGUUAAUCAUUUAUAUUUUUGCUAACCUUGACUGAUCUAACACACGUUUCCACCAUUUAAACCUUUACCGUAGAAGAUAAGGAACCGUUCUGAUUAACUGGCCAAUUAGGCAUUUCUUAGGGUAACAUUGCGUCGCACAACAACCGGCAUCGGCCGGCAAGGGUAAAAUUGUCGGACACAGCAUACUUUACAAAGGCUGAAAUUGACAAAUAUUUUAAACGGCUUUACUCAGAACAGUUUCGUGGAAAUUGACAAUAAAACGUGAGUAGCGACAAACACAUUUAACACGCGGGACGAAACGAAAGGAAUCUUUUUAUAAUAGGACAAUUACCCUGUUUUGUUACUCUUUGUAAGAAAAUAAACAAACAAUCUAUGAAGA